AUGCACAACUUCAUUCCUAGUCUACUAGGGGCGUUUGGAGUCUUCACAACGACUUUGGCUCAAGUCAGCACACCCCCUGGCGCCAGCACGGCAUUGGAUAGGAUAGCGAACGCGAACAAACCCACAUUUGCUGAUGUGCGAGAAAGUGUGGCUAAGCAAUACGAGGAAGAAGGUCCUCUUCCUACAGAAAAAUAUUUCCACGAAUCAAGGUUCCACCAUCAUUAUGACGAUCGUUUCGCCAAUUCGACCCUACCGGAAGAACAGGUGAUACCUCAUCUGAUUGCGUUAGUACAAGCGUACUUGAAAACGAUGAGAGCCAUUGGCGCCGAAACAUGGAUUAUGCACGGGACACUUCUUGCAUGGUGGUGGAACCAAAAGAUCUUUCCUUGGGAUAAUGAUUUAGAUGUACAAGUCACGGAGCCGACUAUACACUUCCUGGCCGACUACCACAACUUCACGGACCACCACUUUGAGAUUCCCGGCGUCGACGGUGGUCGCACCUACUUAUUGGAAAUCAACCCGAAUCAUGUUGUCAAGACCACUGAAGACUGGCUAAAUGUGAUCGAUGGACGGUGGAUUGAUAAAUCAUCGGGUCUUUUUAUCGACAUAACCGCGGUGCGUCCAGAUGUUGCCAAGCGUGCGUCGGGGCAUCCCGAGGCACUGAUGUGUAAAGACAAGCAUCGCUAUAAAGAGAGUGAUAUAUUUCCUCUACGUAACAGUUAUUUCGAGGGCGUACCCGUCAGGAUUCCUUAUAACUAUGCAGGUGUGCUUCGGGAAGAGUACGGGUCCAGAUCUUUGACCAACACUGAGUUUUGGGGGUAA